UCUUCCUCUGGCAUUCUUUGGAAGGAAUAACUAUAUAAUUGCGAAGAAAGCUACAGGAGAUCUAUUUAAAGGACACGUAUAUUCAACUUUGAAACAUGACACCAAAAACCAGAACAAGGAAUUAUAUUUUAAAUUGACUUAACAAUGGGUUUCAUUUCUUAAAAGGUUAACAAUCUCUCUGCUGAUCCCUCAUCAUCAAUAGGAUAAGAGUCGGUUUUCUUAUCUUUAUCUGAAGCGUAGUUAAAUUGCAUGGAAUAUACUCCCAUGUGAGAGAAAGACGUGGCCACAGCCUUUUCUCGACGGGGAGGAGGAUUACAGGAAGGUCUCCGAGCAGCUUCUCAUCACAAACCAUCCAACCUCCGGGCACUCCAGUCUCUGCUGCGCGCUCCCAGGAUCAAAAAUGGACAAUAACACACACGGAAGAAUGAGCACUACGAUGGCUGAUUCCACCGAUACAAGAGUAAAUGACUUGAUUGACACUGUAUACAUUAAUCCUAAAUUAUCUAACGAGGCACAGUCUCUGACUUGCAUGUCCCCGGCCGUGCGUAAUUUUGGAAACUCCAGCUCGCUGUUCCACGGUCUAAAUUCGAGCGGCAACGGAGCAGUUUUCAAAGAUUGUACCAUACUCGAUGGAGCACUUGCGGGAAAACAUUUUUAUGACAGUAACAGUGACUAUCUGAAGUGUGACAGUGUGCCGUGGGACGUUCAGAGGACAAAUGUGGCCACAACCAAAAGUUUGCCAGCCGCAAGUUUAAGCCUAUCAACAUCAACAGGAGCGUGUAAAUUCAUCAAAGAUGAAAAAAAGCAUUCUGUGAUCAUAAACACCCCCAUUCGUAACUUCGACACAUCACCGGGGAUUCCUGAUUUGGACACCUGCUAUGACACCGAUAGAAAACAGCAGCUGAGGCUCACUGACGGAGUGUCCGCGAGCUUCUCCCCGGCUGCAGCGAUGCCGAGGCUGGAGGGAUCUCCAAACUUUCUGAUGGACCUGAACCAGCCAGAUCAGCUUCCAGCGCUCAUCCAGGUGAGGGCCGACUCCAGGUGUGCUGUGUCCGGGAAGACUGUUGGUAACUUUGAUGCCAAUACGCACGCAGUCCAACAGCCACUGACCAUGUACAAGACCGAAGUUCCCAGUUGGCAGACACAGCCGUCUCCACAGUACUGGUGCCAGUCCCUAGGGAUGAACGAUGACCAGUUCACACAAAACGGCUAUGAGGGGAUCCAGAACCAGGCCAUGAAUCGGAGAAACCCAUCACCCUAUUCCGCAUACCCCGGUAUGCCACCUCAGAGACAAUGUUUGAUCUGUGGGGAUGAGGCGUCUGGUUGUCACUAUGGAGUCUUAACCUGCGGGAGCUGUAAAGUCUUUUUUAAAAGAGCAGUUGAAGGCCAUCACAGCUAUCUCUGCGCUGGGCGAAACGACUGCAUUGUGGACAAAAUUCGGAGGAAAAAUUGCCCUGCGUGCCGCCUCCGGAAGUGCUAUCAAGCGGGAAUGAUGCUAGGAGGCAGGAAGCUGAAGCGUUUUGGGGCCUUGAAAGCCUUCAAUCUGGCCCCGUCCCUGAUGUUCCAGUCACACUUUGCCAUGUCCAAUGACAAUCAUGCCUUGACCUCCAUGUCAUGCAUACCAGGCAUCCGCGAGGUGCACCUCUCCCAACAGAUCCUCAAUAUCUUGGAAAACAUCGAACCAGAGAUCAUGUACUCCGGGUUUGACAGCACCCACACCGAGGGGCCCCACAUUCUGCUCAACAGUCUCAACGUGCUGUGUGAGAAACAGCUGGUGUGGAUCGUCAAGUGGUCCAAGUCCCUCCCAGGGUUUCGUAAUCUUCACAUCACGGAUCAGAUGACCCUCAUCCAGUACUCGUGGGUGAACCUGAUGGUGUUCUCUCUUGGGUGGCGUUCCUAUCAGAAUGUCACCAGUGAAUAUUUAUACUUUGCACCUGAUCUGGUUCUCAGUCAGGAGCAAAUGAGGAGAUCUCCGAUUUACGACCUGUGCCUGGCCAUACAGUUCAUCCCUCAGGAGUUUGCAAACCUUCAAGCUACCCGCGAGGAGUUUCUUUGCAUGAAAGCCAUAAUAUUACUCAACACAGUGCCUUUGGAGGGACUCAAAAGCCAGGCAGCGUUUGAAGACAUGAGACAAAACUACAUCCGGGAGCUGACUAAGGCUAUCCACCUGAAAGAGAAGGGCCUGUUGGCCAGCUCACAGAGAUUCUACCACCUCACCAAACUGAUGGACGCCAUGCAUGAUAUAGUGAAAAAGGUCAACCUGUUCUGUCUGAGCACCUUCAUCCAGGCGGACGCCAUGAAAGUGGAGUUUCCAGAGAUGAUGAAGGAGGUCAUCGCCUCCCAGCUUCCCAAGGUCCUGGCAGGCAUGGUGCGGCCCCUCACCUUCCACUCCAAGUGAUGAUGCCAGCACACGUCGCAAAUCUGUUUUCAUCCCAAUAUUACUGAAUUAUGUGUCAGUUAGUACUUGAGCCCUUUUACUUUAUAAGGGCGACAGAGUUCUUUCAACAUGUUUUUAAAUAUAUUGAAUAUAAUCUCUUUGAAAAAUAUGAAUUCAGAGAGAUGAAUGGUUUUGAGAACCAUUAGAGAUACUGAUAUGUUUGUAUUGAAGCUACAAAAGACAAAGAAAAUACUAAGUAAUUCAGUUUUCUCCCCACCAUUUUAUUCUUAUUAAAAAAAAAUGCAGUAAACAAAGACAAUAAUGAAUGAAAUUAUUUUAGAGUGACUCACUGCAACUACUUCAGGGAGGAGAAAUGGACAAGAUAACUACAAUAUUUGAUAAGAAAAAGAAAAAAACUAUGAUCUUGAGUGGGUUAAAAAUAACUAUGAAGACAUCUCUGCAAAGGUUUUGCCCUUAAUGUGUUCUUUUCAUACCGUUACUUAUUCAAAAACUCUUCAUUAAAGACAUUCAGACAUUAAUGGAAGAAGUAUGCUACAUUUGAAUUGAGUGCAGUAGGUACAUCAAUUCAUUUCACAAUGUCACAAUGAAAUACUUUUCUGAAUCAGCAUGAAAACAGCUGCUCAAUGUCUCCUUGGCACAUAGUCUUACUCUUAUUUGAAUGUAACAAACAAGUCAGUUCAAAUGUUUUGGAGCUCUAGUUAAAAGAAAAAAAGGAAAAAGAUGUAACUUCCCUGGUGGGGAUAAUAGAAAUGCAAACAUAUAUUUAUCUAGCUUUGGAUAGGAAUGAAAGUAAAUCAUACUAGGACAAACUCUAGUGUAGUUGUAGCUUUGUAAUUGAAAAAAAAAUCCCCCUAUAGUCGUUGCACAAAGAAACUAGUAGAGCUGACCCUCUAACAGUCAAUCCAUUCCCACUAUUCAUCUGUUGUACAUAUUGUAAUUAAGGUUUUCUGGCUGCAGUGAGAAGUUAACUGUGAACAAGACAUUACAGUAAACAAUAAACGCUGUUUAUUUGUAGACAUGCACCGUCAACAUCAGUAGAUGAUUGCAAGGAAACAAGCUUGCCAUUUAAAAAGAAGGACAUAUUUAGGAUAUGAAUAUCAUUUCCCCUGCAAAUUCAGCCUGUAAGGGAGUAUUAUUCCAGCAUGAACAUUCAAGGCCACCUCACAUUCCUAAAGUUGAAAAUGGAAAAGAACAUCCUGAUCUUGGGAAGCACGGGUUAUUAAAAAACCUUACGAUCACCACAGGGGUCUUACUUUGGGAUCAUUUUUCAGUUUGUAAUAACUAUAGAUGUUCUGUUGUUUCUUUUAUCUUCUUUUUUUCUUUUCAAAGUAUCACUGAAGUUUUGAUAAUGAUGGGAUUUGAAACUGACAGUUAUAGAACAUUAAAUAUUAAAUGGUAUCUUUAACAUAUUAUAAUCUGAUACAUGUGUAGUUUUCAUAACUGGUACACCAGUGUACCAGUAAGCAGUACCACAUUUAGGCAUUAAAGCUGAAAGCUCCACCUUCAUGACAUUAUAAAAAACACAUUUUUACAUACGGCAUAUAUAUUUGAUGUGAUAAUUUAUAGUAAGAAAACACAAAGUACAUAUUUUUGGUUAGCAGUUGCUAAAGAACUCAUGAGCAUUAAUGUACAGUACAGUACGGUGUGGCUAACAGAAAGUGCACUGCAGCAGUGAGCAGGUUCAGUGGAUGAACAAUGAUCACAGGCAAUAAACAUGACAGUUAAGGUGCAAACCCAUAAUGCUUUAUCUAUUAAAUUCUAAUAGAUUAGAUUAGUUUCAUUAUUUUCAAUCACAGUUUGUUUGAUUACAGCUAUCAGAAAUAUUUAAUAAACUACAGAUUUCCAUUAAAAGCUUGAUUAAAAGAAAGUGUUCUGUCGAUAUAAAUGACAGAGUAAAAUAUAAUGUAUUUCUGAGAAUAAAACUUGUGAUAUUGGA